AAGCACGAUUAUAAAAAGUGUACAGUCUGUUAGUAUUAUUAAACCAAGAAAAGCAGAAUGAGUAUCAGCAGGUCAGACUCCAAACAAAACUGACAAUCAGUAGUGAGGGGUUUUUAAUGCAUGUUUUAUUAACGUUGUUGUUUUUUCCUCAACAGGUCAUUAAUUUGAACCCCUGCCUCUGAAGAGAAGAUGAAAAGAAGUUGCUCGAGUAUUAUUGUGCAUGGAACCUGGCUCAGCUUGCUCUUCAUAUUUCUGAUAGACAAAGUGUCGGGGCAGAUCACCACAGUUGAAGCUGUUAUAGGAGGCUCUGUGAUCUUAUUGUGUUCAGCCGGUCGCUAUGAAAAGGACGUGUUCUGGCGUCACGAUAACACCAAGACGGUGUACGACAUCAUCGACGGUAAAGAGAAUUUUCAUGACCAGCAUUCAGCGUACAGCGGCAGAGUCGAAGUUUUUCAAUCGGAGUUCACGAAAGGGAAUUACUCCAUCAGAUUAAGUGAUGUGAAACACACUGAUGCAGGAAUUUACAGCUGCCAGAUCCCUGGCUCCAGGACUCUCCAAGUAGAUCUGAAGGUUCAAGAGUAUGCAGUGAGAGAUGAACGGCACAAAUUUGCGCCAACAAGCCGAGGAGCGAGAAGACGGCCUGACACUUGUUUGCUUUUCUCUGCAGCUCUGUUGGGACUGAGUGUAUGGUUUUGUUGGAGCAGUUGAUUUUUGAUCAUUUGGUAGAACACCUACACCUUUCUUUCUGAUGAAAAAAAACAUUUAUUUUUUUCACGGUCCAAAUCCUGCGCUCUGAUUGGCUGGCGAGCGGGUCUGUAUCCUACGGUACGGACCUCUGGCGACUCGCUCGUUCACAACAACAAACAUAGUAGCAUUUUUUUUUUUUGUCAACGUUUAUUUAUUUUUUAUUUAUUUAUUUAUUUUAAUAAGAUUUAUGUAUAAUAUCAAAAUUCUUAUAAAUGUUUGCCAGCAUUUCUCAGGAGAAUAGCAAUAAUUUUACAGCAUGGAUAGCGAUAACGACAGUGUUCACAGCGAAAGCGAGUUUUACUACCCUGAGGAAGAAGAAAUAAAAGAAAACAUUUCAGGAGAAAGCUAAAAACCUGUAACUGUUGCUAAUGCUGAGCAAAAACAUGGCUGAAUCCUGAAUGACUCAAUUUUGUAUAAAUAGGGGACUGCAUAGGUGGCAAAAUGUAGUUUUUUUCCUGCCAUGGAAGUGCACUUGUAUACUGAGGAGGAAGUAAUUUGCAUUACAGCCAUGAAUGAGGAUUCAAAAUGGCGGCUCGGCUCGGUUUUCCCUUUCGGGCGCUCUCGUUUUCUGUUAGAAUUUGAUAAAGAAAAAAAUAAAUAUUUACCAGCUUAAGGUCGGUCCGUAUGGUGAAAUACUGUGACCUCGGCCUUGAAUACGGUAUUUCACCAUACGGACCUCCCAGCUGGUAAAUAACAUGUAUAUACUGUACAUCAGUAAGUGCUGUAUUCAGGGUGGCCGCGGGUCCUUAAAAAGUCUUAAAUUUAAUUUUCCUAAAAUAAGGCCAUUCAAAAGUCUUAAAGGCGUCGUGAGGUAAUUUCAGCAAUCAGGCUAUAUCAUGUGUCAAAAUGUCGGGUUUGGUGGGUUAUUCAAGCCCCUCGGUUUCCCGUGAUCUCAGUGUCACGAUGCGCCCGCUACAAGCAUUUAAAGUUGACGCGCACUGCCAAAUUUAGGCAGCCAGCCGUUAACUAGGUUAACUUGUGUGUGACAUCAUACCAGUAACCUCCCUUGGGUGAUGCUGGCCUGUCGCCAUGUUUUCUCUAUAGCGUGUGUUUACCAGAGUUGUUUACAUUACGGAUUUUGUGGAUUUAUUCAGUUUGUGGAUAGUUUUGAACACUCAAAACACUAUAAAAUGAUGUAUUAAUAUUCUGUGAUACAAAAUGCCUAAUCGGUGUAUUGUGUUUGGCUGUAACACUGAACACUAUUUGUGACUCUUGUUAUCAAUGGAUCUGAUUUCAAGGUCAUGGCUAGGUAUUGAUAGAAAAAAUAUUUUUUUAAAAACACAUGUUUUAAGUGUUUCUAUGUAUCAAUCAUUAAUUGUACAAAAUGAUUUUCAUACAUUUAUGUAUUUGUCAUAUCUUUUUUUGUCACAUGAAGUGUUGUCUUGAUAACAUAUGUGGCACAUAAUUUUAGCAAAUGGAUGACAGAAGAUUAAUUGAAAGAUUUAUGCCACAGAGCUGCCUUUUAACUAAUAAUUAUCACUUAUUACUGACGAUUGUACGUUUACUAAACAAUACUAGAGAUGCACCGAUACCACAUUUGUGAAAACCGAUACGAGUAUGAGUACUAUAAUUUCAGUACUUGCCGAUACCGAGUACUACCGAUACUGUUGAUGUUAUUAAAAUAUAAUUUUUCAAAAAUUGCAGCAUUUGAAUAUUUAAUAGGCCUACUUUAUCUAUUUCCCGUGAAUGUUGUUUUCUAACUGGAGUGAUCAUGCACACGGGUUCACGUUGACAAUCUCCACUGCUCCAGAAGCGCAGAGUAGCCUCGAGUCCACGUCACACAGCCAGACAGCGCCUCUUCACGGUAGCGCUUAUCUUUUGCAACAUUGUUACAAUAAUGUUGCAAAACCUAAGCGCUGCUGCACUAGGCCUACAUAAUGUUGCAAAAGAAGCGCUACCGUGAAAUGAAGAGGCGCUGUCUGCUGGCAGUGUAACGUGGACUACAAGGCUAUCUGCGCUUCCGUGUGCAACCUCUCUCGAUUGUCGCGCAACAUUCACUCCCAGAAAACUACACUCAUUGCAAAUAGCCUACACAAAGAAUUAAAUAUUUAGCUGCUGCAAUUUCUGAAAAAGGCUGCUAUUUAUUUGGAUUAGAUUACAAUGUCCAACUUUCGAAGUCAAGAAAGACUUGCACUCUUGCAACAUGUAAGACCGAUUGUUGAUGAAGGGAGGAGAGAGCAGUGAGUUACCACAUGCAGCAUGAUCAUUUCACUCCGCUGGUCACUUACCCCCUCUAUCAUCGGCCUUCCGCAACAUUGCAGUCUUGGUUGACUUAAGGGUUGUUCUGGUGGUGCGCUUAAACUACUCCAAUUACAUUUAGCAACAAGACAAGGGCGUGAAAGGGAGGAGCAGUGACCAUCGCAACAUCACAGAGAGCGCACAAGAUAACAGUGGCGGCCGGCGACGAUGUAUUAUUUAAUUUCCAUCGCCAGUAAUGCAGACUAAAAUAUGCCCCCCCCCUCCCUCCCUCCUCUCAUGUGCAUGUGCGCACAUCCUGCUGUGUGCUGCAGGAGAGUUGAAUGCCUCGAGCACGCUCUUGUUCAGUCGCAGAACUUGUUAGGCAGACGCUGUUGCUGUCCAUUCGCAACAUCGCGUCCCGUGCUCGUGGAGCUCCAUACCUGUAGAUGGGACGUCAAUUUCCUUGGUCUUAGCGUUGCCCUCAACUGAAACAAGUUGGAAAACUCAAUCAGCCAUUUCUUAAAGCUCUCACUCUUCACUCUUCACUCUUAAACUCUCCCGGUUGGACUCGUACUUAAAAACUCUGCCGGUUGGAUUCACCUAUACAAAAAUCCGAUUUUCAUUUGUUUGUUAGUGAGUAGCCUGUCCUACAAAACCCUUACCUAGGCGAAUAGCCAACAUUAAAAAAGGACAACGUUGGGGAUCUUAGCGUAGGCCUAUCUGCGUAUGGCAGCGAAAGGGAGUGGAGUGUGGAGAGAUGUUUAAAAUGACAGUGUUGGGGAAAGAUGUUGUGACGGCACUGUUUCAUGACUACGCAAACACAUCUUCGUCAUGGAAAAAUGGGUUGUCAAACAAUUUUUUUUUUGUCUUCUGACGAAAUUAGCCUACGCUCAAUGCUUGAGAUUUACAAUUUUUUCCUGGGAGAGGCUUUUUUUUCCUUGAACGGACGCUGGCAAAAGGCGCUUCACGGAACACUAUCGGCGCAUGGUAUAACCUACCAUAUUAUGCUCAAGCCUGAGCUCAACAAUGCUUCAGUUUUUUUUUUUUCUCUCUCGAAUGGAACAAAAAGCGCUGCGGGGAACAUUGGUAUCGGCACUGGUAUCGGUUCAUGGUAUCGGCAACUGUUUGACGAGUAUGAGUAUAUUAGUGGAGUAUCGGGGCCGAUGCCAGUAUCGGUAUCAGUGCAUGCUUAAACAAUACAAUACAAAGCUCAAUCAGGGAUGUGAUUUUUCCGCGAAUUCGCGGAAUUCCGCUUUUUUUCACUUCAAAAUUAAAAAAAAAAAAUUUUCAGAUUUUUCGCUCAAAAAUCCGCAUUCAUAUCCUAUUCGUUCCGACUUUCAGUAAUUCCGUCAUUGAGAUGAAACGAGGUACGUGAUUGGCCCAUCGCUCUGUAACAACCAAUGAACGCGCUUGUUAGCUGUACGUAAGCUCGCUUCAAACAAAGAGUUGAAAGAUGGCAGCCUCCGUGAUUGAGCGUAAAGAUGCGCCUGAUCAUCAGUUUGGUGUGUGUUUUUAAAGUAAAUAAACAUGGGGAAGAAGAAAAAACAACCCAGCUCAUUCCUUUCCCCAUCAUAAGCCUGUGAGUGGUGAUGGUGUCACUGCACGUGCGACGGAGUGACGAAGGUUGCCGUGGCAACGGGGCCUCGCGCCAUCUGUUGCUUCCUGGAUGCGCAUGCGCACGCUAUGAAAGCUGUGGCGAAAAGGUUAGCAUCGGAGGCUAAACCUUCUGAGGAGAAAAGAAGGAGCGGUUUUUAUUUCAGUUUGUUUUAGUUACGUCCGAAGAAACAGCAGUUUAAAUCACGGCUCUAGUUUACAAAUCAAAAUGGGUACUCAGUCAAAACAAAAGCUAGAGAGAGGGGGAGUGGUGUAGA